GCACGCAAAUACGCACGCGCAGACUGGCUAGCUAGCCUGGUAAGCAGUCCUACUGUUCCUUAUCUAUAGUUAGGGGAGCACGCGAGAAGGAAAAAAAAGUCCAACACUUCGGUUCCGGGGAGGGGCAGCCCGGGUGUCUCGCCUGCAACAUGGAAUCUGCUGGUGAACUCGAAGAGCCGGUUUUGGGGGAAGUGAUGUCCCUGGCACAUGCACUCUCUCUCCCAGCGGAGUCGUAUGGCAAUGAUCCUGAUAUUGAGAUGGCUUGGGCCAUGAAAGCAAUGCAGCAUGCAGAAGUCUAUUACAGACUGAUUUCAUCAGUUGACCCAAAGUUCCUGAAACUCACCAAAGUAGAUGACCAAAUCUACACUGAGUUUCGGGAAAAUUUUGGGAAACUCAAGGUAGAUGUAUUGGACCCAGAAGAACUCAAAUCAGAAUCAGCUAAAGAGAAGUGGAGGCCAUUCUGCUUAAAAUUUGAAGGGAUUGUAGAAGACUAUAACUACGGUACUUUGCUGAGGCUGGAUUGUUCCCAGGGCUAUACUGAGGAGAAUACCAUCUUUGCCCCUAGGAUUCAAUUUUUUGCAAUAGAAAUUGCUCGGAACAGGGAAGGCUAUAACAAAGCCGUUUCUGUCAGUGUUGAGGAUCAAGAAGAGAAAGGAGCUGACAAGGAAGAAGAGAAAUCUGAGGAAGGAGUUGGUUGUGGAAAAGAAAAAAAGAAAGGCGUCAAAAAAGGAGAGAAGUAGAAGACUAACCAAGGUGGAGAAAAGAAAGGAGCCAAGAGGCAUGUAACUCAGCUGAGCUCACAAGUAUGAAGGUGCUACCUGCACAGACCCUUCUGGUUGAAUGAAUGCCUGUAUGCAGUUGGAGGACUCAGAAGACAUCUUUCUAGCUAACAAUCAAAGCUGCUCUGGGCAUUGGCUUGUAUGAACUGGUCUAAAGAUUGUUAUAUUGAGUUUCUAGGUUUAUUGUUUCUUGAUAUACUGCUUCUUUUUGCUCAGUCUUGAUAAGUAAGAAAUUUUGUAAAUAAAUUCCUUUUGGUUUAUAUGAU